AUGCCUCCUGCAAAGACCAAAACCACCAACGGUCCUUCAGGGAAGGGCAAGAUCGCUGUAUCUGCCAAUGAAAUGACCACCCCCAUCUCCACCGUUCCCAGUGAGAAGAAGGCCACGUCGGACGCACCCACACCGUCUACAGGAGGGAAACCAGACAAGAAAACAUACGAAGAAGAGCAACAGAGGUUGAAGGGUGAAAUUGAUGCUGUUCAGGUUAAGCUUUCGGGCGUGAAGGAAAAGAUUGGCCUUGCUACCAAAGGAAGCUCAGGGAACGAGAGACGCAAUGCUCUCAAAGCCGAGCUCGAUAGCAUCAGGGACCAGCAGUCCUCCAACAAAAUGUCCAGAGGUAAAAUCCUUGACCAGGUUAAAUCUUAUCAGGAUUCCAUUGGAAAGAAAAUCAAAGACUUGCAGGCGGCGAAGACUAAAAUCCCUUACAAAAGCGUGGCAGAGGUCGAUGCUCACAUCAAAAACUUGGAGAACCAGGUGGAGUCUGGAAGCAUGAAGCUCGCGGACGAAAAACGUGCGUUGCAGGAGAUAAGUCAAUGCAAACGGAAUCGACGAGCUGUCGAGAGCUUCCAGGCCGACCAGGAUGCCAUCGAAACGGAGCGUCAGAAAGUUGAUGAACUCAAGAAACUACUCGAUGAUCCUGAGUCCAAGGCAAUCUCCGAGCGCUAUGAGAAGAUCAAGGCAGAUUUGGAUGCAUUGAAGAAGGAGGAGGACGAGGCCUACCAAGGCCGAUCGAAGCUUUUCGAGGAACGUGAUACUCUUCAGGCGCAGGUUAACGUCCUAUACAAUGAAAAGAGGGAGUCCAGUCAGAAGUACCGGGAGGCAAAUGAUCGCUACUGGACGAAGGUUAACGAGGACAAGGCUCGUCGCGCGGAGAAGGCCAAGGCUCAACGAGCUGCAGAGGAAGCACAAAAGAAACAAGAGAUUGCUCAGCGGCUUAGGGAAGAGGCCGAGAUUCCUGCUUUCCAGGCUCAAAUUGAGGACUGUCAGACCCUCAUCGACGCAUUGUCUGGAAAGUCAACCGGAGAAGUCACGUUCAAGAGUACGCCUUUACAGCCUGAAAGGGGCGAAAUCGCCGGUGUUGCUAAGCUCGAAAUACGGAAAGUGGAGGCAGCGCCCGAAGGCAUGGUCCCACGUAAGAAAAAGAAUGAUGACGACGAGAACUAUUUUGUCGGAAGCAAGGGCAAAAGCAAAGGCACCAAGAAGCCUCCCGCCAAGUCCAACGGCAAUGCUGACGCUGCUCCUGCAUCGGCAGCCAGUUCAUCACAGCUCAACCUCCCCUUCUCAACUCUUUCGGCUUUGCUUUCCCUAUCCAUCCCUCCCCCCACCUCCACUGUUGACGUCCCUCGUGUGAUAGAGAACGUCAAGACUAAAAAGGCCUGGUUCGAAGCUAACCAGGCCCGUGUCACUGCUGAAAGCAUCACCAAGGCGGACGCAGAAAUUCAGCGGCUUCUGUACGAAUCGUCGAAGGAAGCCGGCAAGUCCCAGGACUCCAUGACAAGCGAAAUCAUUCCUCCCAACGGAGGAGGUGAACGUCCUGGAGAGCCUGCACCUACCCCGAACGUCCAUGAUAUGGCCUCAGUUGCUGUCCCGACUGAAGAAGUUGAUAGCAAAUUGGAGGUCGUUCAGGAGCAAAAUGGCGAGGCACAUGCAGAAGCCCAGUAA